AUAAUUUAAUUUAAAUAAUGUAUAGACAACCACGAACAAUUUGGCCAGUUUAGUGUUGUGUUUUGUUUUCCACAGUCGAUGACAUUGUUGAAAAUCUGUAACCUUGGUAGUGGGGGAUGGGCGGCAGUAACGUUAUAUUUAACUAAAAAUCCGCUGUGCUAAACCCUUUUAAUAUAAAAAAUCUGUAAGUUUUUAUACCAGGUUAAUAUACUUUAACGCGUUUAACAUGGCUUCUGGACAGAACAUCUUUUUAUCAGUGUGUUUCAAGUGUCCUCUACAAAAUUAGUACGGCUGAUGUGAAAACCUCACAAGAUUUGUUAGUAAUUAUGGCCUUUUAUUAUAACAGGCAGAACAUUUGAGCUGAAUCAAACGCAUUUUAGGUAUUGUAGAUGAUUUUGGCUUUGGUAGCUAGAGCUCGGAUCUUUUUUGUAGGAUUUCGUCUAAAUUCAUAAUGUAAUUCGAGCAUUUAAGUAAUUUCUGAUCAACUUUAGUGUGUUUUGUACAUAUUUUGUCCUUGCAAUCGUGUUUUAGCCACUGUGUCGUCGUUUGAAGUGUCAAAGUUGCUGAGUCAUGUUAUGGAGGACACUCCUUGUAGGUCGACACAGAUAAGGGCAUCGCCUUUUUUGUUUGUUUGUUUUAAUAUGGGUCUGACUUCGCUAUGUGUUACCUUACAUUGGGUUAAAAGUCGAGUUUUUAAUGAUAUAACAUUGUUUUUGGCUCCUUUAGGCCUCGGGUUUGCUUUUUCCGUUUUUUUUGGGGGGUGUAGCAACAUCACGAGGUUGCCUUCAGAUAUUUGAUUUGAUAUUUUUGUGAUUUUCAGGCAGUCGAUGAGGAACGAAGGCGAGGUGAACAGUGCGUGUGUGUGCCGCAGUUGUCUGUUACACGUGACUAAUCGGGCGAGCCAAUGGCGUAUUUCCAACCUGACCCGGAUGAUCGCGCCCUUAGUUUUGGCCAGCCAAUCAGCGACGUCUGUUGACGUAUCGCAAAACUCGAGAAACGCAGCGUUUCUGGAAAUGUUACCGCAUCUUUGUGUUUUUUAAUUAUUCGUGAAAAUGUUUUGCUGAGUGUUGUUCUUAUAACUAAAGCGGCGGCGUUGCUUAAACGAGUGAUUUUUUUUGCGAAAUAAUCUGGUUUAAAUCCAGAAAUCGUGAUGUGUGGGCGUGGCCUGUUUGACUGACAGAUAGAGUGGCCAGUAGAAUUCGCGUAGGCGUGUACUUAUGGUGUUACAUCAGCCAAUGGCGCCUUCGAUGGGUUUAUAAAAAGUCGGGCGGAGCCUCAACGUCGCCAUUUCAUUGUAUCUCCGAGCUGGAGGAUAGAGGAAGUCAGAAAAACAAGGCCGCGAAACUCGGAUAUUCGAACGAAGCCGGUUUAUAAACGGAAUUCGGAUCCAUCCCGAUGGAGACGGCCAUUAGCCCGCCCUUUGACAGCUCUUUGGGCGGGGGCGACGGCAUGCAGGGGGUCACCAUGAUGGAGCAGACCAUCUCCACUCCCGGCAAGCGCAUCCGCAAGCCGUCGCUGCUGUACGAAGGGUUUGAAGGACCUGCUCUGCCCCAGGUGCCUCAAUUCGGACCCCCUCAACCCCCUGUCCGGGACCCCACUCGACUGGGCCGCAUGACCAACCAACUGCAGUUCCUCCAGAAGGCUUUACAGAAGACGUUGUGGAGGCAUCACUUCGCCUGGCCUUUCCAUGAGCCGGUGGACGCUUCCAAGCUCAACCUGCCUGAUUAUUACAAAAUCAUUAAACAGCCCAUGGAUAUGGGGACUAUCAAGAAAAGACUGGAAAACAAUUAUUACAGCAGUGCCAGCGAGUGCUUGCAGGAUUUCAACACCAUGUUUACCAACUGCUACAUCUACAACAAGCCAACAGAUGACAUCGUCCUGAUGGCUCAGUCUCUGGAGAAGGCUUUCCUGCAGAAGGUUGCACAGAUGCCCCAAGAGGAAGAAGAGAUUCCUGCACCUGUCCCGAGGGGCAAACAGGGCAAACCUAAAAAAGGCCACAAAUCAAGUGGAUUCACGACAGCUCAUCAGGUCCCUGCUAUAUCUUCCGUGUCGCAGUCGGCUUACUCCCCUCCCACUCCAGACACCCCAGAUUCGGUCCUCUCCACCCCACUGCAGACGCUUAUAACCAAGGCUUUGCCUCCCACUUCACACAGCACCCCUGCGCUGAUGGGCCUGCCCCCUACUCAACCGACUGCAAAGAAAAAGGGUGUCAAGCGCAAGGCAGACACAACCACCCCCACCACCACAGGCAUGCCGCUCGCUAUGGGUGUAGGUGGCAUGGGUCUCGGCAUGGGUGGCGGUGACUCCCCGCUCACGCUCUCCACUUUGGGUGUUGACCCCAAUCAGAGCCUGUCCCUUGGCCUGGGCAUGAGCCUUGGCGGAGGCCUGGUUGGAGACAAAGUACCGGCAAGACGAGGUGGCAGUGGCAGGCCCAUCAAACCACCACGAAAGGACUUGCCUGACUCCCAGAACCAACAUCAGCCGGUGCGGCGUGGGAAGCUAAGCCAGCAGCUACGGUACUGCAGCACGAUUCUCAAAGAGCUGCUGUCGAAGAAGUAUGCGGCCUAUGCCUGGCCCUUCUACAAGCCGGUGGACGCUUCCUCACUGGGACUGCACGACUAUCAUGAUAUUAUCAAGUGUCCUAUGGAUCUAAGCACAAUAAAGAGGAAAAUAGAUCAUCGGGAGUACAGGGAUGCAUUGCAGUUUGCUGCUGACAUCAGGCUAAUGUUCUCAAACUGUUACAAGUACAAUCCCCCAGAUCACGAUGUGGUGGCCAUGGCCCGAAAAUUACAGGAUGUCUUUGAGUUCCGCUUCGCCAAGAUGCCAGACGAACCCCUGGAGUCCCUCCCACCUGCGUCCCUAAGCGGCGGCCUGGGCGGUCACUCCUCCUCUUCCUCAUCCUCUUCCUCCUCGUCAUCAGAAAGUGGCGUGAGCAGCGAGAGUGAGAGCGAGAGCAGCCCGAGCUCCGACAGUGAAGAGGAGAGAGCGCAUCGCCUGGCCCAGCUUCAGGAACAGGUGUGUACACAGUUGAGGGCGGUGCACGAGCAGCUGGCCGCGCUGUCCUCUACACCCAUCAUCAAGCCCAAGAAGAAGAAAGAAAAGAAAGACAAGAAGAAAAAGAAGAAGUCAGAAAAACACAAGCGGGCCAGGAGUAUGAUAGAGGACGAUGUACUCAUCCAGCCGUCCAAAAGGCCAAAACUCUCCAAGACACCAAAGAGCAGGAGCAGCAGCAAAGCGGCGACAUACACUCAAGGCAAGAAGGGCUCGAAUAAGAAGAGCAGCAAGAGCAAAUCCUCAAAGAAAUCACAAGCCGCCUCCUUUAACCCUCAACACAUGAGCCAGGGUGGUCUUACGCCACACUAUGACUCUGAGGAGGAAGAGGAGACCAGCCCGAUGAGCUACGAUGAGAAGCGGCAGCUCAGCCUGGACAUCAACAGACUGCCGGGUGAGAAACUGGGCCGCGUCGUUCACAUCAUCCAAUCGCGAGAGCCCUCGCUGCGUGACACCAACCCCGAGGAGAUCGAGAUCGACUUUGAGACGCUCAAACCGUCCACACUGCGUGAGCUGGAGCACUAUGUCAUGAUGUGUUUACGGAAGAAACCACGGAAACCUAGCGUGGCAGUCAAAGGCACUGCAGGGAAAUCCCGUGAGGAACUGACUCUGGAGAAGAAGAGAGAGCUGGAGAGACGACUGCAGGACGUCAGUGGCCAGCUCAACUCCGCCAAGAAACCACAGAAAACCAAAGUGGAGAAACCCUCAGCGGUGGAGCCUCAUGCUGCAGCGUCUCGUCUCAGUGCCAGCAGUUCCAGCUCAGACUCCUCUUCCUCAUCAUCCUCUUCCUCCUCCUCUGACACCAGUGACUCAGACUCAGACUGAGCGGAUCGAAAGAACGGACAUCAGUGAAAACAUGCACUCCAUCCCAGAAUAGAAUAGAGUUUCUGCUCUUAAUAAUAGUAACUGUUAACAGAAAGAUGUUUAAGGAAGAGCAGUGUUUCUCUUUAGAUGUAUAGAAGCAGGUCAAGAGAGAAUUCUGGGAAAUGUUGGACGGAGAAGGAACUAAUGGAAAAGCAGACCAGGGCAUCGUUGUCUAGUUUGGGACUCAUUUCUGUUAGUCCAUCCUUCUUUACUUUGUGUAUAUACAUGUACAGAGAUAUAUAAAUAUCUAUUUUUCUUUUAUAAAGAAGAAUUUUAAGCAAUUCCCUGGUAGGGAAGAAUACAAAAACCUGACUUUUUCUUUUGUUUUGCUUUUUCUCCCUUUUUUCGUUUGACCUUUUAGUAGUUUGUCUUAAAGAAAAAAACAGAAGGCUUGGAGUGGAAAUUGCUGUCACUUUUGUUUGCAUGAGUGAGUGUGUGAUGUGUGCGUGUGCCAUUGAAUCCCGUGGUUUUCCCAUUUACACACUUUGCACAUAUGUGGAUGUGUUGCCGCUUGGUUGUGCAUUUGAAUAAAAAAA